ACACACUCACCCUGUGCCUGCCUGUCUGUCCGUCUGAUUGUCGAGGCUAAAGAAGAGGAGAGGCUCCACCACCUGAAGCUUUCACUUGAAAAUUGUUACCAUGGAUACAGCAGAGUUCCGGCGCAGGGGGAAGGAGAUGGUGGACUAUGUGGCCGACUACCUGGACAACGUGGAGCAGCGACCGGUCUACCCAGAUGUGGAACCAGGGUACCUCCGUUCUCUGAUCCCCGCUGAGGCCCCUCUGGAGCCUGAGAAAUAUGAUGAUAUAAUGACAGACGUGGAGAGGGUCAUAAUGCCAGGGGUCACUCACUGGCACAGCCCAUACUUCUAUGCCUACUUUCCAACUGCUUCCUCUUACCCUGCCAUGUUGGCUGACAUGCUGUCUGCAGCUAUUGGAUGCAUUGGAUUUUCCUGGGCUGCCAGCCCAGCGUGUACAGAGCUGGAGACAGUGAUGUUGGAUUGGCUGGGCAAGAUGCUGAACCUGCCUGAGGAUUUUAUCGCUGGGACAGAAGGCCAAGGAGGAGGAGUCAUCCAGGGCACAGCCAGUGAGGCCACCCUGGUGUCCAUGCUCGCCGCCCGCUGUAAAGCAGUCCGCCGCAUUCAGGUCUCCAACCCUGAGAAAUCAGAGGCUGAUAUCCUCUCUAAACUGGUGGCUUACACUUCAGAGCAGGCUCAUUGUUCAGUGGAGCGUGCUUCUCUGAUUGCUGGAGUGAUGAUGAAGAAGGUUCCUGUAGACAACAACUAUGGUGUAGAAGGAGCCAUGCUUAAGAGGAUGCUAGAGCAGGACAAAGCAGAUGGACUCAUCCCUUUCUAUUUCUGUGCGACCCUUGGCACCACGCCAUCAUGUGCUUUUGAUCACAUCACCGAGCUGGGGCCAAUAUGUAAUGAAGAACAGAUGUGGAUGCACAUUGAUGCAGCAUAUGCAGGGAGUGCAUUCAUCUGUCCUGAAUUUAGGCCUCUGUUGAAUGGCAUUGAGUUUGCAGACUCAUUCAACUUCAACCCACACAAGUGGCUUUUGGUCAACUUUGACUGCUCUGCAAUGUGGGUAAAGAAGAGAGAGUCAAUUAUUGGAGCCUUCAAGGUGGAACCUCUUUACCUGAAACACGAAAACCAGGAGUCAGGGGUGAUCACAGAUUAUAGGCACUGGCAGAUUCCCCUUGGCAGAAGAUUUCGCUCACUCAAGAUGUGGUUUGUCUUCCGUUUGUAUGGGCUCCAAGGCCUACAGGAUCAUAUACGCAAGCAAGUGGCCCUGGCCAAAGAGUUUGAGAGUCUGGUGCGAGCAGACAACAGGUUUGAGAUCUGUGCAAAGGUCGUCAUGGGACUGGUCUGCUUCAGGCUCAAGGGCUCCAAUGGGUUGAGCGAGCUCUUGCUGAAAAGGAUCAACAAGAGCAGAGAGAUCCACCUCGUGCCUUGCCAGCUCUCCGCCCGCUUUGUCCUGCGCUUUGCCAUCUGUGCACGCAGUACUGAAUCAAGACACAUCCAGCAUGCAUGGAAGCAUAUCACGAAGCUCACCUCUGAGAUGUUGGAGUAGAGGCAUUAACCAAAAAAGAUUCUGAAAGGAGGACCAAAGUUAGUUCACAACAUCUAAAUCAUUUUGCAGGUAUGAAAUGUCAUAAAGGGAAUGAACAAUACUUCAUAACUCACUUAGCAGUCAGGUUCUGUUCUGUUCUGCGGAAUUUUGAAAAUGAUUGUAUGUGAAAAUAAUUAUAUUAGAAAUCUACAAAAAAAAUUAAAUGUGAAUAAAUGAAAAUAAUGCGCUUCUGUGUCUUCUACAUACAAAAAAGGUGAUUGGAAUGGAGAAAGGUUUUGUGUUAAUAUUGCAAAUUUUUUAUUUGAUUGAGUUUUUUGAGUAUGUGUCUAAUUUUCUAUUGGUGGUGCUUUUUGAUGUUGUACGCUAAAAAAUAAGGAGUUGUUAUGGUGUGAAAGAGUUAUUUUAUCACAUUGCUCAUGUUGUUUGGCGAUAUAUUUUAUGGAGGACUUCGAAAAGCCUGUAAAGGUAAAGAAAUUGUUGCUCCUACUAAUCAGGUAAAACCCUUUUACAAGUGCAUUCAUUUAUUGAUGACCUUAUCGGCAAAAGUACUUAUUGUAAUAGAUGAUGAUAGGCAAGGUUUUAUAAUAAAAAAUUUAAAAAGAUGAUAUUCUAUUCUAUUAUUUCAAUAGUGUCUUAUGCACAGAGUGUAUUACUGAGUGUAUUCCCAAACAUUACAAUGAGACAGGGAAUUUAUUUGUGACACAGAUUUAACAUAAUCGGCAUGUACUGUAUUGUGUGUUCCAGUAAUCUAGGAUCCUUCACAACAUCCACAUGUAUCUCUCCCUAAAUACUGCUUGUGUAAGCCUCAAGAUAAAAAAAAGAUUGUCAUGAUUUACAAAUGUAAAACUUCUAAAACAAGGCUAGUCUCCUGUCUGUCAAUAAAACGUGUCACCAUGGUGUCUGGGUUGCUAAUCCCUCCUAUUUGUCUGCCAGGGGAAGACCUGCAUAUCUGUGGUGUGACCUCAUCGAACCUUGUUGUCAAUUCAUUUGAAUGUUUCAAAGUAUACUACUUUCUGACUUGGCGGUGCAAUGGUAUGGGUUUGUUUCAAUAAAGUCUUCUCUAGUCUGCAAA